AACCAAUUGGCGCCUAAUUUUUCCCCGCCAUUGCAAAUUUUCAUUUUCAUUCCAAAAAGUUCAAACAAAAUCAGUGUUCUUUCUCACAUCUUUUCCACUUCAAAAUUCCCAAUUAUCCUCAUGAUUCAUCAUUUUACACACCCCAAACCCCAAACCCUUUCUUCUUCAUCAUCAUCAUCAAGGUUACAAUGAGAGAGCAAAGCGUUGAUUCCUUCUACGCCAAGCUUCGUGAUUAUGCUUUAUCUUCUUCUUCUUCGCCAGUUCUCAUCUUCCCUUCAACCUCCGACGUUGAUUCUCUCUGCGCUCUCAAGAUCAUCUUCCACAUUCUCGAAUCCGAUUCCAUUCGAUACGCCUGUUAUCCUGUCUCCUCCUUCCAGGAGAUCCACAAAUAUACAUCUUCCUCUACCUCAGACGACGACCCUCUUUCCAUUGUUUUGGUCAAUUGGGGCAACCACAGGGACCUCCGCAAAGAGCUCAGUCUUGGUCCUUAUGUUCGUGUAUUUGUUGUUGACAGUCACCGUCCCAUCCAUCUCCGAAAUCUCAGUGACCAAAACGAUGCCGUUUUUGUUCUCUUCACCGACGAGCAGCAGUCUGAUCUUGUCUAUGACUUUGACAUCACCACGCUUGCCAACGCCACUGCUGCUGAGGGUGAGGAAUCCGAACCUGAAUCUGAAUCGGAAUCGGAGUCUGACGAUGACGGGAAUGGAUCUAGGAAGAGACGAAAAAAGAACGAUGAUGAUGAUGAUAAGGAGGAUCCAAUUAAAUUGUACCGGAAGCUGAAGAAGGAUUACUAUCGAUUGGGCACUUUCCAUGGGAAGCCGUCCGGGUGUUUGAUGUAUGAGCUUGCCGAUUCUCUCAGGAAGAAUACCAAUGAGUUGCUCUGGUUGGCUUGCGUUUCGCUCACGGAUCAGUUUGUCCAUGAGAGGUUAAGUGACGAGAGGUACCAUCAUGGGGUUAUGGAGCUGGAGCAGUACAUAAACAGUUCUGGGAAUUUGGAUGUGGUUACUUCGGUUACACUGUCCGAUGGCACGAAAAUUCGUGCCCCAAAUUCUUCGCUGAUUACUUAUGAGGACCAGCCAAAACUUAUGCUGUUACAGGAGUGGAGUUUGUUUGACUCCAUGAUGUGUUCUUCGUACAUUGCCACUAAGUUGAAGACUUGGAGUGAGAAUGGGGUGAAGAAGUUGAACCUUCUGUUUGGGAGGAUGGGGUUUGCUCUUGCCGAUUGUCAUCAGAAGUUUCAGCACAUGAAUGUGGAGGUGAAGCGCAAGAUGAAGGGUGAGUUUGAGCGGUUUUUGCCCCAGUAUGGACUCACUGAUUUCAACUACAGGAGUUUCCUGAGGACUCUUCAGUAUAGUUCUAAGGUUUCGGCAGCAGAUGUGGUCUAUGGUGUGACAGCUUUGCUUGAAUCUUUUGUAAAAUCGGAUGGUUCUAGCGCUUCUAAGCAGUUUGGUGUGGCAUAUGAUGCGCUUUCUUUGAACAAUAUCGAUAGCUUGAGAACUGGGAUGCAACAUGCUAUUAAGAUUCAGAGGGCCAUUUUAAGGCAAGGGAGUGCUGCAAUUACCAAGAAUGGGUGCAUUAGGAGUGGAAGGAGUUUCCGGUGGUUGAAGUUGGAGGAUUCAAGUGAUGCUAAGUUGUUGGGGUACCCACAGGCAUUGACUAAGUUUUGUUUUUUUCUUAUGGACGCUUUAAGGGAGAAGGGGGCUACAAUGAAACCUUUGCUUUGUGCUUGUGUAUCACAAGAUCCUGGGAAGGUGCUGAUUGUAGGGGUUUGUGGGAGGCCACGUUUGGCUGGGGCUCGUGGGAACGCAUUUGGGAUUGCAUUUAGGGCUGCUGCAGAGGAGAUUGGAACUGAGUUUUUCCAUGAGUUAUUUGAAUCAUCAUGGAUUCUUCUGGAUGCUUCAGCUGUGAAUUCUUUCAUGGUUAGGUUGAUUGAGAAGCUGUGAAGCUGCUGGAUUUCUUAUUAGAAUUAGUUCUUUGAGGAAGUGCCUUCUCUGACUGCUGUACCUGGGACUCAGAUUAGCAAUAAGUGAUGUGCAGUGGUUGAUAUUGCACCAAGACAUGACUCUUUUCUUAGUUAAUUGUAUUGUGAUUUAUAGCAUAUUCAUUUGACUUUUCUUACCUGUUUCCCCAAAUAUGUUACCUUGACAUUUUCAUGUAACUACUGUUCUAUUCCAAAUUAGAUGUACCAUUGCAAUGUUGAAUUGAAAGUACGUGAUCGAAGAAGUUCACAUGUAGUGCCGCAGUUUUAAAUUUGUGUUGCAGUAUUUCUGUGCCUUCUACCUGAAGUUGAACUUGUUUACGACUACACAUACUAUGUAAUGUUGAUUUUAUACAAAAAAAAGGAUGUUGUAUGUUAUUGAUGCCACCAACUAACUUACUGACUUGUUAUGUCAGAGCAUGCCNCAGGAAAUCAUUGAUAGCCAUGAGUUGCAGAGUAUUACCUUGUAUUACAUAUGAGAGUGCAGACAAUAUGACGUAGUUGAUUCCUCGCUGGUGUGGAAAUGCUACAGGGUGAUGUUGAGGCAGUUCCAGAACUGAAAGCAAGAAAUGGAUCGGCCAUUGCAAAAGAAGCCAAUCCUCCGUUUCUGCAUCUACUUAGGUUGUCUGCUGAUAGACUUGAGAUAAACCGGGGCAAACAGAAUGGAGAAAGGAAGCUCCAAGAUAAGAACCAUCAACAGAUGAAACUUUCUCCACCUGCUGGCCGACCUGACAGAAAGUGGAACCACACCUCAUUGGAGCCAGGUCAUGAUGGUUUAAGGCUGUUAUACUUUGUAAGGUUUUAUUUGCGUCUUGUUGAUAAUGAAAUAUAGUCACUUUUAGACGAAGUAAAAAGGUGUUAAAUCCUAAUUACAAGGGAUGAGGUUGCAAGGUAUUUAAAUCAGUAUCUGCUAUGAAACUGAGGUUAAACAAGCUUGGCAUUUUUACAGCAUAAACACAAGCAGGUAAUUAAAGGUUUCUGUAAAGUUUUGUACCGAGUAUUUAGCUUCUUGUUUGUUCAUAUUUUGAGAUCAUUACAGUACAGUUGAAAGCAACGGGUGGCCUGAGUUUGAGAGUGAAAAUAGUAGACGCAUAUGAGCAUAAUAGCUAAGCUUAUUCUAUGAUCUCAAGGAACAGGACUGAUGACAUUGAAUUCACUUCGGGAUAACUAUCAGGUAUUAUGGUUAUUUUCUUGGUGAUGAUGACAAAAGCAGAUUUGGAGUGCUUAACUAUGGAAAAAUUGUUUACUAAUCUGAAUGGAAGAAAAUGUUUGCCUAAUGGAUCUAUCUUGCCUUGGGAUAUAAACUAAUCAGGAAAUGAGUAGAAUUAUUCAUUGCAUGA